AUGCCUCCUCUCAGAUCUAUCCCCGCAGCCAAGCCCGUCAAGACGGAGCGCACCCACGAAGAGAAUCAGGAGAGAGCAUACAUCGCUGCUUCUCGUCGCAGUGACCGUAGUCUCGAGGCUCGAGUCGAGUCUGCUCGCCGUGCCUCUGAGAUUCACAAAAGACGCACAGGAAGAUCGCUUCGCGUUACCGAGCAAGACGUUAUCAACGAGGAGAUGUACGAGGAGGAGGAUGACGACCUGCCCAUGCAGUACCGUCGCCUCACUGCCCAUCUCCAGACAUCCAAUGCCGAUUUCGACCGUAGACUGGCUGCAUACCUCACCAACCAUGUUGCUAUGCGUGCCGCCCUUGGCCAAACCAUGGGUGAUCAGUACAAUCCCCAGCAAUACCCUAACGCUCCUCAAUUCGCCAACCAGCUCGGUCAAUUCCCUCAAUCUUUCCCCAAUCCCAUGCUUCCUCCUCAGAUGGCCAACAGGUCACCCCAAAGCUUCCGUGCAUCCCCCUACCCCCAACAGGGCUUCCGUCAGUCUAUGCACGGCCGCUCGGCAUCUAUUGCCACUCCUCAGGAAUUGCAGCAAAUGAACAACUUCUCAUCAGUACAAAGCCCUAACGCUGCUUUCAUCAAGCCCGAGGAUCGUCGCAUGUCUCUGCCCAUCCAAUCGCAGCAGAAUGCUGUCGCAUCACCGCCACAGCUUACUCCUGCUUCGCGAACCUCAUCAUCUACCAGCCUCACUAACCUGAAACAUGAGGCAGCCAAGCAGAGCAAUGGUCAGGCGUCGCCAACGGGUCAAACCUCACCAUCCGCAUAUUCCUCUUACAAUAACGCCUCGUCUGCCUUUGAUCCCAGCAUGAUGAACAUGAUGCCUUUCUCUACUUCACUGCCUAAUGAAUCACAGCAACUGCUUGGACCUGGAUUCGAUCAGAACGAUGCUUUCUCGCAGAUGCUCAUGGGUAGUUACGGCCCGCAGCAGUCUCAGCCUUUCUACACCUACAACCCCAACCCCACAAAGUUCAAGGGCGGCAGUCCCUGCUUUGAUGGAAUCAACCAAACACUUGCUCCCGGUAUGCUUGACAACAACAUGGACAAGUUCAGCACGCCGAUGUCGGGUGCCGACUCGGUUCUCACACCGUCAACCACAUUCGGAUUUGAUUCGAACUUUGACCCUCUCAAGGGAUUCUCGCACAACAACAUCAGUGGCAUGACAACACCUGGUGAGAAUGACUGGUCAAAUCUUCUCGACUCGAAUGCUUGGGAGGAGCAGAGCUCGCAACCCGCUGUUGUCAACUGA